AUGUCGAUAGCAUCUUUAAAUCCCUCGUCGAUAAUGUCAUGUGACGUUGUUAACCGCCUGUAUCCCCUCAAAAAUACCUUCGAACAACUCACUAGAGAUUCUGGGUAUUUCCACGUUCACGCAACGAAGCCUGAUACUCUUGGUAUCUCGGUUAGCGACUCGCCCACCGCCCUAAUGGCGUGGCUUUUCCAGCAAGUAUCCAUUUGCACCCGCAAGGCCAACUACGACGACCCUGAAGGCGGCCUGCAUCGCUACAGGCCAGAGCAACUUCUCGAUAACCUCAUGUUCUACUGGAUGCCCAACAAAGGGCCCACCUCUUUCAGGAUCUACUCCAAUACUUUUAAUCUCAGGAACUAUCAUUUAGGUUAUCUCAAUGUAACAACAACAGUACCUACUGUAGUAGUCCAAGCAUCAGACGAGAUCUUCUACAUGCCUCCUAGUAUGUUGAAAACCAAGUUCUCCAACUUGCUUGCCGUGGACGUGCUCAACGAUUACGGACAUUUCCUCGCCUUCGAGGUGCCUGACGUCUUCGCCAGUAACUUCGUGAGCGCCGUCCAGAGGAUCCUUGCCUUCAAUAACCAGAAUAUGAAUGUUCGUCAAGAUAAGCAGGAUUUCCGUGCGAACAAACUUUCGAACAUAAGGCAACUUGUACGCGAAAGAAUUAAUUCAAUUCGUCAUAAAAUGAGUAACUACGAGAACAAUGAAAAUCCUUUUAUGUAUUAAUUGUAAUAAAU